AUGGGUAAAGGAAGUGGAGCUCCUUUAAAGGAGAAAGUUUAUCCAUCUGUUAUGUAUGGAAAUAUUAAACCAAUUAGAAAACAACCAAAAUCAUUACCAAAAGAAUUAACUAUUGAUCAAAUUUUACAAUCUCUUCCAAAAGAAGUUUUUGAAACAAGUAAUUUUAAAUCAGCAUGUUCACUUUUAAUAACAAUCUUAUUCAUUGGUUUAAGUGCAACAUUCAUUACUCUCAUGCCAUCUUACUUAACCCCAAUUGGUUGGAUGUUAAUGGGUGCCUCAGUUACUGGUUUAAUGGUAAUUGGUAAUGAUUGUAUUCAUAAAACUUUUUCAAAGAAUCCAUUAGUUAAUUCAAUUAUUGGAACAAUUGUAAUGUUACCAUUGUUAUAUCCAUUCCAAUCUUACAAGAUUUCAGAAAAGAAUAAUGCAGAAAAGAAAUCGACAGCUGUUUUAAAUGGUGAACAAUUCAAGAUUAAUGCACAUACCACAACCGAAAGUACAAAUCCAAUUAGACAAUGGGCAACUGGUAAAUUCUUUUGGAUUUUAUCAAUUAUUAAUUGGUCUGAAAAUUAUUUCUCAACUAAAAAUUUAUCAGAUAAAAAAGAUAAAACCAAAGCAAUCGUUUCAAUUGCAAUUGUUUACAUUUUUGGAUUUAUUUUCUUCCCAAUGAUGUUUAAAUUUGUAGGUGUAAGUGGAUUCCUUAAUUAUUGGUUCGCACCAUGGUUAGUUUUACAUUUCUUACUUUCAACUGCUUCAUUAUUACCAUCAAUUCCAUUUUAUGAAGAAUUACAAGUUGCUUCAAAAUUAGAAAAAUCAAAUAAUAAUAAUAACAAUAACAAAGGUGAUAAGAAAUCAUCUGAAGUUGAAAAAUAUUUAGUACAUAUUACAUAUCCACAAUGGUUUGAAUUUAUUGUUAAAGAUAUUAAUUUUUCAUUACCAAGACAAAUUGCAGUUUCAAUUCCACAUUAUAAUCUAAGAAAAGCUUAUAAUUCAUUUAAAAAGAGUUGGGGUGAAUAUAUUUAUGAAUGUACAUUUGAAACUGAAUUAUUUAAAGAAUUAAUUAUCCGUAGUGAAAACUUUUCAAAUGAAAUUUUCUCACCAUUUGAUUCAGCUCCAUUGGUACCAGAUCAAGAAAAGAAAGCAGAAGCAACCGCUGAAGCCGUUUCAAAUAGUCGUACAAGUCGUACUGUUAAAGAAUUUUUAAAAUCAAUCAAUUGGUUACAUGUUAUCAUUUUAAUUGGUAUUCCAUUCAUUGGUCUCUAUGGUCUAAUUAAUGUAGAGUGUUCAUUGAAAACAUUUAUUUGGUCAUUUAUUUAUUAUCAUUUCACUGGUAUGGGUAUUACAGCAGGUUAUCAUAGACUUUGGGCUCAUAAGGCUUAUAGUGCAGUUUUACCAGUUCGUAUUAUCUUGUUGCUAUUUGGUGCAGGUGCUGUCGAAGGUUCAUGUCGUUGGUGGUCAAGAGAUCAUCGUGCUCAUCAUCGUUAUCUCGAUACUGAUAAAGAUCCAUAUUCAGCUUCAUUGGGUUUCUGGCAUUCCCAUUUCAUUUGGUUAAUGUUCAAACAAGAUCCAAAGAAAAUCGGUAGAGCAAACAUUGACGACCUUAACGCCGAUCCAUGGGUUAUGUGGCAACAUAAACAUUACAUUAAAAUCGCCACUUUUAUGGGUCUCGUUUUCCCAACAUUGGUAGCUGGUUUAGGUUGGGGUGAUUGGGCUGGUGGUUAUUUCUACUCUGGUGUACUUCGUCUCGUUACAGUUCAACAUUCCACAUUCUUGGUCAAUUCAUUGGCUCAUUAUUUAGGUGACUCUCCAUACGAUGAUGAACAUACUCCAAAGGAUUCAGUUGUGACUGCUAUAUUAACAUUUGGUGAAGGUUAUCAUAACUUCCAUCAUGAAUUCCCAAAUGACUAUAGAAACGCUUAUAAAUUCUAUCAAUAUGAUCCAACUAAAUGGUUGAUCUCUGCAAUGUAUUAUUUAGGCUUGGCUUAUGAUUUGAAAACUUUCUCCAAAAAUGAAAUUGAAAAAGGUAUGAUUCAAAUGCACCAAAAACAUUUAGACGCAAAGAAACAAUCAAUCUAUUGGGGUAUCAAUAAAGAAGAUUUACCAUCAAUGACAAUCGAUGAAUUUAAUAAUUUGGUUGAAAAAGAAAAUAAAAAGUUAAUGAUAAUCAACAAAACCGUAUUAGAUGUCGAAUCUUUUGUUAAUGAUCACCCAGGUGGUUUAGCUUACAUUAAAAUGGGUAUUGGUAAAGAUGCAACUUCAAUGUUUACUGGUGAAGUUUAUGCUCAUUCAAAUGCUGCUAAAAAUUUAUUAUGUCAAUUUUCAAUUGCUAAAAUUGUUGAUAAUCAUGAUAAAAAACAACAAUAA